AUGCUCCGGGUCCUGCACGUUUUGUCUAGAUCGCCUUUAUCCUCUUUAUUAUUCACAGCACAAAGGCAUGACCACCACCAUGUACUUGUAGCUGCAACUGCAACAGAAGACCUCUUCGUGUCCUUGCUAAGUCAGUGCUCCAAUGCCAAACACCUCUAUCAAUUCCACGGUUUCAUGGUUCCCAGAGCUCUCGAUCAUGAUAACCUCCUCCUCGGCAGAUUCAUCGACGCCUGUACCGCCCUAGGUUUCGCAGACUAUGGCUAUUCAGUCUUCGCCCACAAGCCCCAACCAGACAUCUACCUCUACAACACCAUGAUCAAGGUCAAGGCGCUAUCUCAUCAUUCACAUUCCGCCAAAGACGCCAUCGAUCUUUACAACAAAGCUCUGGUGGCUGGCUUACGACCGGAUUCCUAUACCUUGCCAUUUAUUUUGAAGGUCGUAGUUCGUCUGUGUGCAAUUGAAUUUGGCGGAGAGGUUCACUGUCUAGCAAUUCGUACCGGCUUAGGCUGUGAUGUUCGUGUGGCCGCAGCGCUUAUUCAAAUGUAUUCGUCUUGCGGGUGUGUUGAUGAUGCUCGGAAGGUGUUUGAGGAAAUGCGGUAUAGAGGCUUGGCUUCAUGGAAUGUAAUGGUUGUCGGCUAUGCCAAGGUUGGUGAUUUGGAUCGUGCACGGAACUUGUUCGAGCGCAUGCCCGUGAGGGAUGUGAUUUCUUGGACAGCUGUGAUUGCAGGUUAUGCUCAAGUGAACAGGUCCAGUGAGGCAAUCACCAUGUUCCGUAAGAUGCAGCUUGAGGGUGUGGAGCCUGAUGAGAUCACCAUGCUGGCUGCACUAUCUGCUUGUGCCCAUCUGGGAGCCCUCCAAUUGGGUGAGUGGAUAUCUCACUACAUCGAUAAACACAGAUUGCCCAGAACUGUGCCUCUUUACAAUGCUCUUAUAGACAUGUAUGCAAAAUCAGGAAACAUAAAGAAAGCAAUAGAAGUUUUCGAAGACAUGAACUCUAGGAGUGUUGUGACUUGGACAACUAUAAUUGCUGGAUUGGCAUUAAAUGGUCGUGAAAAAGAAGCUCUUGAAAUGUUUUCUCGCAUGGAAAGGACUCAAAUCAAGCCCAAUGCUGUCACUUUCCUUGCGGUCCUUUCUGCUUGUAGCCAUUUUGGAUUGGUUGAAAUGGGUAGCUGGUACUUGAACAGGAUGGAUUCGAGGUAUGGGAUCAAACCAAAGAUUGAGCACUUUGGCUGUAUGAUUGAUCUACUAGGACGAGCAGGUUACUUACAAGAGGCGCGAGAACUAGUUAGGGAAAUGCCGUUUGAAGCAAACAGAGCUAUUUGGGGAUCCCUUCUUGCUGCAUCUAGGAUCCAUGGUGACGUUGGGCUUGGGGAACAAGCCUUGCAACAUCUAAUCAAGGUAGAGCCACAUAAUAGUGGAAACUAUUCACUUCUAUCAAAUUUAUAUGCUGGGUUUGGUCGGUGGAAUGAUGCAGGGAUUGCAAGGAAGCUGAUGAGGGAUACUGGUAUUAAGAAGGUGCCAGGGGGGAGUUCCAUUGAAGUCAAUAACAGGGUUCAUGAAUUCAAUGUAGGGGAUAUAUCACAUCCUCAGUCUGAGAGGAUAUACAAAAUUCUAUCUCAGAUAAAUGGACAGUUGAAGAUAGAAGCGCAUGUGCAUGGGGAAUGUUGGUGGCUUCAAUAUUUUGCUCUCCAAAACGAUCUUGUGUGAAACUAACCUAGAGUACUAAUUAUAGAGCAUUGCAACAUAAUUGACUUGGUUAUACCUUUCUUGGACGAAAAUACUAAAUGCAAAUUUUGUCAGUGGCGAAGGUACUUUACUUGAGAAUGAUGUAGAGAUCAAAGUUUUAAAUGACCUGGACCUGGUCGGACACCUGUAUGUGCUUCUUUGGUUUAUCAAUUUCAGUGAAAGUCUGGACGCAAGGAUUAUGAG